AUGGAGGCGACAAAGAAGGCAGCGCUUGUUGCUCUGUUACUGGUCCUAGUAAUUCACUCAUCCGAUGCCCAAACCAUAUGCAAAGUGACGGUGGAGGGACUGAUGUCUUGCAGGUCCGCCGUGACUCCGCCUAAGCCCACACCGCCCUCCGCUGCGUGCUGCACCGUGAUCAAAAACUCGGAUUUGAAGUGCCUCUGCUCGUACAAGAACUCCUCCCUGCUGCCUUCGCUCGGGAUCGACCCCAACCUUGCGUUGCAGCUCCCCAGCAAGUGGUUGGGUGGCUUAUUAGCUUCUGGUCAGAUUAGGAACCCAAGGAAUGGAAUUGCUCUGAUUAGGAAGUUCUAUGGGCAACUAGACGAAGAGCUGAGGAGAGGAAAGAAUGUGAACGGCUCCAUUUUGGGAAUCUUUAUUAAGUCAUAUGAAGGCCUCACCUCUCCACGGCUUGCGGAGGCUAUGGCAAUUAGAAAUGGAAUGAAUUUGGGUGUUGCUCUGAAUGUAGGGCGUGUUCUUAUUGAAUUGGAUGCGGAGUCGAUUGUCCGAAACUGUUCCAUGUCAAAAGAUCCACCCUCUGAUAUCGCAGUUUUGAAAUUCGUACUCGCUAUUGAGAAGGAUAAGAUUCCAGACAAACGGGACCUGGGACGAAGUCAGGAAUCCAAUUUCGGGAGUGUACGAGAUGAGAACAAGUGGAGUGAUGUUGAGAUUUUGGAGCCUUGGAGGUUGCAGAAAUCAUUGAGAAGUGUACACAAAUUAAAAACCAAAUUUAAAAUUAACUCUAUCUCUCUACUCCUACUAGAUAAGUUUUUUGUGGGUAACAACAACGUACCUCUUGACAUUUUCAUAUUUACUAAUACAAUGUCUCCAAUUAACCAAAAUUACCAUCUUUCCAAUCUCAAAUUUACGCCAAUAUUUUGUUGUAAGGAAAGAAUGACGAUUAGUGUUAAAGUAACCAACAAAUUUAACAUAAAGCCCUCCUUCGCCACCCUACCCCACCGCCGCCGCUACCAACUGUCAUUUACAGACCAAAUCGCUCCCCCGGUGUUCAUGCCUCGGGUUCUCUUUUACCCGAGGGACACAAAUGACAAUCUCGACAACUCCAAGAAAUCCAGCCACCUGAAAAAGUCCCUCUCCGACACCUUAACCAGGUUCUACCCCUUUGCCGGGCGCAUGGUCGACGACCUUUACGUCGACUGCAACGACGAGGGAGUGCCCUUCGUGGAAGCCGAGUCGAAAUCCCAACUUUCGGAGGUGAUUUCCGACCCGAUCCCUGGUGAAAUGAAUCAUUUCCUUCCUUGUAAACUCGACGAUGUCCGGGACCUCCUCCUGGUGGUUCAGGUCACCUUCUUUGCCUGCGGUGGCAUAGCGGUUGCCGUCGGCAUUUCUCACAAGAUAGCCGAUGCCCAGUCCAUGUUCAUGUUCAUCAACGGCUGGGCCGCCACCGCCCGCGGAGACACCAAAAUCCCCGUCCCGCAGUUCGAGUCCGCCACCAUCUUCCCUCCGAGGGAUACGACCGGGUUCACACCCAGCACAGGGAUCGACAAGUCCGACAUCGUGACAAAAAGGUUCGUGUUCACGGCGUCCAAGAUCUCCACUCUCAGAGAAAGAUUCAGCAAAAACAACACUACCACAGAUGGAGAGCAGCUGGGACACCUGACGUCUCCGGUAAAGGCCCUGUCGGCUCUCAUUUGGACUAGGUUUAUGGUUGCAACUCAAGCCCGUGAAACAAAGGCGGAUAAGAUCUACAGUUUGCUUCAUGCCGUGAACCUACGGCGGAGGGUCAAUCCGCCGUUGCCUGAGAGUUAUUUUGGAAACAUUAGUGGGUUCGCGAUUGCGGUACCCUCCAUGGAGGGUGAAGGAGAUGGCAACGGGGUUGUGAACACAGUUAGCGAAGCGAUAAGGAAAAUCGGAGAUUACGUUGCGAAGCUCCAAGAUGGUAACAAGCACUUGAGCUUCGUGAAAGAAAGGGCUAAACAAACCACGACGGGGGAGGUGAUCUCGUUCAGUUUUACAAGCCUGUGCGGGUUCCCGCUGUACGAACCCGAUUUCGGGUGGGGGAAGCCACAGUGGGUUGGCUCCAUGAGCCUGACUUUCAAGAAUCUCGUUGUGUUCAUGGACACCCGAACGGGUGACGGGAUCGAGGCGUGGGUGCACUUGAAGAGGGAGGACAUGGCCAAGUUCGAAACAGACGCGGAGUUUCUCGAAUCCGUAAUGCCGUAA